AUGCUUUGGGAGUGGAUAGUCAUGCCACAAUGUCUUAAGAACGCUCCAGCUACGUCUAAUCGGAUGGUGACACAAGUACUUCGUCCUCUUCGCGACUUUGCACCGAGCUACUUUGACGACAUUUUUGUUCACAGCCGCGCUGAACAAAAGCUCAGCGCUACGGAGGUACACCUACGACACUUGAAGCAAGUGUUUCAAGUUAUGCGCGCGAAUAAAUUGUAUGCGAAUUUGAAGAAAUGUGUCUUAUGCGCCCCCAAGAUCCCAGUACUCGGUUGCUACGUCAACAAGAAAGCUGUCCGCGCUGAUAUUGAGAAGAUCAUCAUCGAUCUGCACCUGGCCAACGCCCAGGACCCAAACUGA